UUAAACGGAAAUGUCAUUCCCAAAAAUUCAAAUCCUCUAUAAUAAUUCGCCAUGUCAAAAUUUUAAAAUGGGUGUUAGUUUUGUAUUGGUUUUUAAUGAUAGAUUCUUUUGUGGGAUUUUUUAAUCGGAUGGAAAAAUGGGCCCAGCUUUGUUUGCUGCUGUGUAUCUACGGUUUCUUCCGUGAAUUACGACCAUCUGAUAGGUUUGACGUUGAAUUCUUUGUUGGACCAGAUUGGAACAAGGAUCUCAACGUCACCAAUCAAUAUGUGUAUCCAGCGCAAACGGUCAGCCGAAUGGUUGCAACUUUUAUUUUCAGCUUCAUAACGGAUGCAGUCAAAUACAAUCCAAUCAUCAUAACAGGUGCUUUACUUGGUGGUGCUGUUUGGUGCUUAUACUUAUGGGCCGGUGAUUUAUAUAUAAUGUUAAUGAUUAUCCAAAUUUUGCAUGGAACUUACUUAUCGGCUGAAAUUGCUUAUUAUACGUACAUCUAUGCUAAGGUCGAAAAAGAGCAUUUCUUUAAUGUAUCAAUUUACACUAGAGCAGCGGAAUUGUCAUCUCAAUUCCUGGCACACUCCAUAGGACAAAUUUUAAUUUCAACGAACGCUUGGACCGUACGGGGUUUGAACUAUGUAACAUUGGCAGCCCAAGUCGCAUCCCUGUUUGUUGCCGUUAUCCUCCCACGAGUGACCCGUCCCUUGUACUACGAUAAAGUCAUCUCCGGUGCAGCUGUAGCAGAUGCUGCUGGGGCCGUUGCUGAUGCUGCCGUUCAAACAGUGGAAAAAGCUGCUAAGAUUGCUGUAGAAGCUGCCGUUCAGACUGCAAUUGAAGCGGCAGUUGAUGCUGCAACCGAAACUACCAGAGAACCAUGGGAAGCAGAAUCUCCAAGGCAAACUGAGGACAGUAGUGAUUAUACGGAGGUUGACAUUGACGAGGAAACUGACAGUGGGUAUACUGAAACCGACACUUAUGACGAGGAAACCAGCGAUGCAAUGGUUGAUAGACUAAGAAAGAUGAAAUCUCGCAAGGAAGGUUCAAAUGUUCAACAACGCACAGUGAAAACACAAACCCGAAAACCAGAGGCAAGGGCAGGACUCAGUGUCGACUACAUAAAAAGGAAAAUAGUUGACGCCUUAGAUGUAAAAAAACUGCUAGCGGAAAUGAAUGUCCGCGCUGAUAAUAAGUUAAAAUAUGAAGCAGUUCAAGAUGACAGUGCACGUAGUAAUCAGGUGUCUCAGCUCAUAGACGUGGAAGCAGGAGCAGGUUGGAAGAUGAGCGACAGAAGCAGAACAUCAAGAUUUGAAGUCCGUAAUGAAUCUCAAAACCCGGAGGAUAAACUUAAAGAAGGAAGUGAGCCGGUAGAACACCAAACUGAAGACAACGAAAACAAAACUGACAAAGCAACAGAAGGAAGUGGGGAGGAAAGUGACAGAAGUGCUGAGCAAUUGAGAAAUGAAUCCGAAGGUGAAGAGCAUUCCAAACGGAGUAUUAAAAGCCAGAGUUCAAAUUCGACAACUGAUCGGACGAAAAAUCAGGGGGUAGAACUAAGGGAUGAUAUAAAAGGCAAAAUAACUGAUAAGAUACAAGAUAAAGUUGGAACCGCUAUCGGUGCCAAAGAAAACCUUCCAGUUUUUCGUCUUUUUAAACCGGUGAAAAAGAUGGCUAUGUUUUUCUUAAGGUCUUACAAAGAUAGAUUUAUCUUUAAGUGGAGCCUCUGGUGGGCGCUCGCAUCCUGUGGAUUCAUGUUGAUUCAUCAUAACAUCAAAAUUAUGUGGCGGACAAUCGAUCCGGAUCAGAAGCAAGUUUAUAACGGUGCGGCGGAAGCUAUGAUAGCAAUAGUCUCGUGCGGUGCAACACUUUCAGUGGAAUUUCUAAGGAAGCAUCCAUUUCCCAAUGAAUCCGAAGUCUGGAUCUUAUCAGUAGGUGCUCUGAUUGAAAGCACCUUCGUCCUUGGAAUGGCAGUUGCUACUAAUAUCUGGACCUCAUAUGCGAUGUACAUAUUGUUCGGGGCUUUGUAUAGUUUCCUGGUUACAUAUGCUAGUGCCGUUGUUGCCAAAGCCCUAAUGGAUCGAACAUAUGGGUUGAUCUUUGGUUUCAACAUGUUCGCAGCUCUAGUAGUCCAUACGGUAGUAACCAUCAUCGUGAUAUCUGGAAAGGUGCUUCACUUGGAAAUCCGUGGCCAGUUUUCCUUCUUUGCCGGUUAUUUUGGAUUGAUAUCUGGGAUCUAUGGGAUGUCUGGCAUUAUAAAAAUACCGUGGAUCGAUGAGAAGUUAAAAAAUAUCAAAAUAACUCAGACUAAUCGAAGGGCUUAGGCAAGGCUUAUUUUCACUUUUACAGAUAAACUUUAUAACAAAUCUUUUCGCCAGAAUUUUACGUAGGAAA